AUGAAUGCCGAACCUCUCGUCAUGGCCCCCCAUCCCCUCUUCCCCAAACUCGAGGCGGCCGUCCUCGUGGACGGUCGCCCCGUCAAAGAACAUGCUGACCGAGAAGAUGCUAAUUCCGAGUCCAAGGUAGUCUACAUCGAGGCUGAAGCGGGCGAGCAGUUUGGCGUCCGAUUCUUCAUCCCCGGCUACGUCUUCGACCGCCACUCCAUCAAGGUCAUUGUCAACAUCGACGGUGUUGACAUGCGCAAGUUCAUCUUCGAGAGGCACAAGUACAACCUCUACGGCAUCACAAGACAGGUCAACGACAGCAGCGCGCUCAUCGGCCACAAGUACCUCGGCCAGCGCUUCCGCUUCGCUGAUCUCAACACCCGUAAGUCUAGCCAGUGCGCAUUGGUGCCAUGCCGCUAA